AUGUCCUCCGCGGUGAUCCCCCACAACGCCUUCGACACCAUUUUGGUGCUCGACAAUGGCUCUCAAUACACUCACCUUAUCACCCGCCGUCUCCGUGAGAUCAACGUCUACUGUGAGAUGCUUCCUUGCACCCAAAAGCUGGCCGACCUUACCUGGAAGCCCAAGGGUGUCAUCCUGUCCGGUGGUCCCUACUCCGUUUACGAGAAGGACGCUCCCCACAUUGACCCCGCCUUCUUCGAGCUUGGUGUCCCCAUUCUGGGAAUCUGCUACGGUCUCCAGGAGAUCGCUCACCGUCUGCACGCCGACAACGUUGUCGCUGGCACCGCUCGUGAGUACGGUCACGCUGAUCUGAAGGCCACUCGCUUCGGUGGUCACGUUGACAAGCUCUUCGAGGGUCUCGAGGAUGCCAUGACCGUCUGGAUGUCUCACGGUGACAAGCUCUGCAACCUUCCCGAGGGCUUCCACACCAUUGGCACGACCCAGAACUCUGAGUACGCUGCCAUUGCCCACAAGUCCGACCCUGUCUACGGCAUCCAGUUCCACCCCGAGGUUACCCACACUCCCCAGGGUGGUCAGCUUCUGAAGAACUUCGCUGUCGGCAUCUGUGGUGCCCAGCAGACAUGGACCAUGUCUGAGUUCAUUGGUCAGGAGGUUAAGCGCAUUCGUGAGCUUGUUGGCCCCACCGGUCAGGUCAUUGGUGCCGUUAGCGGUGGUGUCGACUCUACUGUUGCUGCUAAGCUGAUGACUGAGGCCAUCGGUGACCGUUUCCACGCUGUCCUUGUUGACAACGGUUGCAUGCGUCUGAACGAGUGCGCUCUCGUCAAGGUUGUGCUGCAGGAGCAACUGGGUAUCAACCUGACUGUUGUUGAUGCCAGUGAGGAGUUCCUCGCUGGUCUUAAGGGUGAGAAUGACCCUGAGAAGAAGCGCAAGUUCAUUGGUGGUAAGUUUAUCGAUGUGUUCGAGGCUGAGGCCCGGAGAAUUGAGGCCGAGAGUUCCGGUAAGGUCGAGUGGUUCUUGCAGGGCACUCUCUACCCCGAUGUCAUCGAGAGUAUCUCCUUCAAGGGUCCCUCGCAGACUAUCAAGACCCACCACAACGUCGGUGGUAUUGCUGAGCGCCUGAUGGCUGGCCACGGUCUUAAGCUCAUUGAGCCCUUGCGUGAGCUGUUCAAGGAUGAGGUCCGUGAGCUCGGUCGCCAGAUGAACAUCUCUGCUGAGCUUGUUGGCCGCCACCCCUUCCCCGGCCCUGGUCUCGCCAUCCGUGUUCUUGGCGAGGUUACCAAGGAGAAGGUCGAGAUGGCCCGUAAGGCCGAUAACAUCUUCAUCUCCAUGAUCCGCGAGGCCGGUCUCUACGACGAUAUUGGCCAGGCCUACGCCGCCCUUGACCCUUCGCGCGCCGUCGGUGUUAUGGGUGACAAGCGUGUCUACGCGAACAUCAUCCUCCUCCGCGCCAUCUCCACCCGUGACUUUAUGACCGCGACUCCCUACCCCUUCAGCUACGAAUUCCUGACCAAGGUCUCGACUCGCAUUGUCAACGAGGUUGACGGUGUCUGCCGCGUCUGCUACGACUUCACCAGCAAGCCCCCGGGUACCAUCGAGAUGGAGUAA